ACCUGUUUUCUCAGAAAGGUAUUGUAGGUGUGUCCUGAAAAUACAAAGAUGGUAGACAGUUGUUAAAAUUGAAAGUGUCAUCCGAGUUUAGCCAGCGACAAGAUGAAGUUUCCCGAGGUAACAACGCUUCUCUCGGUUCUGGCCGUGGUGUUUUUACGCGGGGCGCACGGUUGGGAUGCGCCGCCGUUUUGUCAUAGCUAUGAUUGUCCUGAGUUCACGGUCGUUAAUAAAUAUGAGGACUUUGAGGAACGUGAGUACAAAGUGAGCCGCUGGAUAACCGUCGACAGUCAGGGUGUCUCUGACCACGACGUGAAGGCUGGAUUCACGAAACUGUGGGACUACACCCAGUGGGACAAUAAAGCAGGUGAACAUGUCAAUAUUCAUACCUGGCCUGCACUUAUUUCUACGACUGAGGUAGAGGAUGGUGGAGAGAAGCAUGCAUCUCUCUCUUUCUAUGUGGCUCCAGAAGAUACAGUCCUCCCCACUCCCAAUGAUGCCUCAAUCAGGAACGAGACUAUGCCUGCCUGCACCAUAUAUGUCAGGACUUUCAGUGGUUUUCUGUCAGAGUACAACUUCCAGGAAAAUUUGAAGAAGCUACGUGAUGCCCUGACACAGGCUGGGAAAGCAUUUGACACCCACCGGUUCAUCGCGGCAGGGUAUGAAGGCCCGUGGACUCUGAUUGGCCGACACAAUGAGGUUUGGAUCCACGCCACCUGAGGAAGGCAGAUUAAAGUAAUAAACACAGAUUUAAAAUCUUUCAACCAUCUAACUGUCGCAAGUCAAACAGAGCAGGUUUAGUAAAAUAUAGAUUCAGUAUUGUAAUCCACAAACACAAGAUUCAGUUUUUUAAAACAUCAAUCCCUAGCAUUUUAUCAGCAAUCUUUAUUUACACUAUGAGUGAUUUGUUCUAUAAAUGAUUUGGUUUUUCUACUGCCACUUAUAUGCCUAGUUCCUUGUAAAAUAUAUUUUGCAAUCUCAAUGGCCUGCUCCUGGGUAAAUAAAGUUCAGAUGAGAACGAUAACAACAUGCUGUAUAAGAAUGUGAAGUUAGUCCACAGUCUCAGGUUCAUUUUCUGCCAGAGUGAUUAGAAAGCGACUGGUUGUAGGAAUGUUGUGCAGCAAGUAACCUCAAAAGUACCUAGCCACAUUCUCAGAAUAUUCUCAAUUUCCGCAAGAGAUAAUCACAGUAAAGACACAUGAGAAGCUUACAUAUUAUAUCAUCUAGUGAGGAGUGAUACUUACAGAUAAUGUACUUUUGUACCUGCAAAUUACUUGACUUAUAUAUUAAUGUAAAUCAAUAAAAAUAUAAAUAUACCCAG